AGUAGCUAUUUGUUGUUGUUUCAAGAACUUAGCCACUUUCAUUUGAAGUAGACGAAUCAAGUCUAUGGAUAUACUUUGGUGUUAAGGACUGGUCCUUGUCUGGUUCACAUCAAAAUAGAGAUGGACCAAAUAGUAAACGUGAAUGAGUUUCAAGAGCUGGCGAGACAGGCUCUCCCUAAGAUGUACUAUGACUUCUAUAGCGGAGGAGCAGAGGAUCAACACACCCUCAAGGAAAACAUGGAAGCUUUCAGUAGAAUCAUGUUUAGGCCUCGAGUUCUCGUUGAUGUGACCAAGAUAGAUAUGUCUACCAGAAUCUUGGGUUAUCCUCUCUCAGCUCCUAUCAUGAUUGCUCCAACAGGAAGUCAUGGGUUGGCUCAUCCAGAAGGAGAAACUGCCACUGCUAAAGCUGCAGCGGCGUGUAACACUAUCAUGAUAGUAUCAAGUAUGUCUUCAUGCACUCUUGAGGAGGUUGCCUCCAGUUGUAACGCGGUUCGGUUUUUUCAAUUAUAUGUGUUUGAGAGACGUGAUGUAAGUGCUCAGGUGGUGAGAAGGGCUGAGAGAGCUGGAUACAAGGCCAUAGUUUUGACUGUUGAUGUUCCUAAACUUGGUAGAAGGGAAGCAGAUAUAAAGAACAAAAUGAUAGCACCGAAGCUGAGGAACUUCGAAGGUUUAUUUUCAACCAAAGUCAAACCUAGUGAUGGUUCAGGGGUUGAAGCCUUAGCCUCUCGUGCUCUUGAUGCUUCUUUAAACUGGAAGGACAUUGAGUGGUUAAGAUCUAUUACAAAGUUGCCAAUACUAAUCAAAGGAAUACUAACACGUGAAGACGCUCUUAAGGCUGUUGAAGCAGGUGUAGAUGGAAUAAUUGUAUCCAACCAUGGGGGUCGCCAGCUUGACUAUUCUCCAGCUACAAUAACUGUUUUAGAAGAGGUUGUUCAUGUUGUUAAAGGUAGGAUUCCGGUUUUGCUUGAUGGAGGAGUGAGACGAGGAACAGAUGUUUUCAAAGCGCUGGCACUAGGAGCUAAAGCUGUUCUUAUAGGGAGGCCUGUAGUGUAUGGGCUUGCAGCUAAGGGUGGAGAUGGAGUGAUGAAAGUGAUUGAGAUGUUGAAGAAUGAGUUUGAGUUAACUCUGGCACUCUCUGGUUGUGCCACCAUUGGUGACAUUACCAGAAACCACGUUAGGACUGAGGAUGAGAGACUUAAAUCUAACCUCUAAUCCUAUUAAAAAGGCUGACACUGAAUCAGUUGAACAAACAAUAUAUACUCAAUCUUGAUCAUAUUGAUGAAAAUGUUACUCACAAGUCACAAUAAUGAGGCUACGUUUUUUUCC